CGCACCCUCCCUUUUGCCUCCACCUUUACAAGCGGAGUCUCUCUCCUCCCCCUCCCCCCCAUCGUCUACGUCAUUCGCGGCGCGCCGCGGCCGGUCGCACGUGCCGCACCGCACCACCAUGAGCUGCCCCGUGACUUGCGCGGCCUGGGUGCGCUGCGGCGUCGCCAAGGAAACGCCGGAUAAGGUGCAGCUCAGCGAGGAGGAGUUGAACCGUCUCAUCGAGGAGUCCCAGGCGAGGCGGGGAGAUGGCACUGAUGAUAGUGAUGAAGGCCAGAUGGCAAAUGACACAAAUGAACCCGUUCCUGGCAGAGAUGAAUCUUCUCAUAAAAAUGAAGACCUGUCUGAUGAUGAACUGGGUGAAUAUGAUUUGGAAAAUUAUGAUGAAGAAGAAUGCACAGGUGACCUAAAGCUUGGAGACUCUUUGGCUACUCUGGCAGUACAUGGAAGUAAUGAGCAUGAUCCUUACAUCACUCUAAAAACCACCGAACAAUAUGAACAGGAGGACUUUAUGAUUAAGCCCACUGACAAUCUUGUCCUUUGUGGCAGAGUUGAUAAGGACUACUGUAGUUUGGAGGUCCAUGUUUAUAACCAUGAAGAGGACUCAUUUUAUGUACAUCAUGAUAUUAUCUUGCCUGCUUACCCUCUAAGUCUGGAGUGGUUGAAUUUUGAUCCUAGUCCUGAUGAAUCACCAGGAAAUUAUGUUGCAGUGGGUAACAUGACCCCGGUUAUUGACAUUUGGGACCUUGAUGUAGUAGAAUCCUUAGAACCAGUUUUUUCCCUUGGAGGCAAGAAAGACAAAAAGAAGAAAAAUAAAGGAAAGCAAAGUUUAUCUUCAGAAGGGACAGUGAAAGGACAUACUGAUGCUGUGCUUGAUCUUUCAUGGAAUAGACAAAGCAGGAAUGUUUUAGCAAGUGCGUCUGCUGACAGUGCUGUGAUUUUGUGGGAUAUGGCUGUGGGUAAGCCAGCAGCCAGCCUGAUGCAACAUACAGACAAGGUCCAGACAUUGCAAUUUCAUCCAUUUGAAACUCAGACCCUUGUUUCUGGAUCUUAUGAUAAAUCAGCUGUGCUGUAUGAUUGCAGAAACCCACAAGAUAACCAUCGAAUAUGGCGGUUUAGCGGUCAGGUUGAAAGAGUAACCUGGAAUCAUUUUUCACCUUGUAAUUUCUUAGCAAGCACAGAAGAUGGCUUUGUGUACUGUCUGGAUGCUCGUGCUGAUAAGCCACUGUUUACCCUGAAAGCUCACGAUGAGGAGGUUUCAGGACUACAACUUAGCAGUCAGAUCAAAGGUUGCCUUGUGACAUCAUCUGCUGACAAAUACGUGAAAAUUUGGGACAUCCUGGGAGACAAACCAAGUUUAAUCCAUUCCAGGAACAUGAAAAUGGGGGUUCUCUUCUGUGCUGCUUGCUGCCCCGACUUCCCAUUUGUUUUUGCGUUUGGAGGAGAGCGACAAGGGCUCCGUGUUUGGGAUAUAAGCAAGAUUUCUGCAGUGAAUGAAGCUUUUGGAAACAGAGAGAGACUUGUCCUGGCUGAUGCCAACACUGCGGCUUGCGGCUCCACAGCCGGCAGUAGCAGCAAUGAUUCGGAGACAGCAAUGGAAUCAUGAUGGAUCAAACAUCACAAAAUCAAAGUAAUUAUUGGGACUACCACUAAUGUGCAUUCUACAAAUGCCCUGUUUGGUGAGAGUUCAUAGAAACUACUCGAGCGUCUUGCAAUCUGCAAGCUUCUUCAUCUCAAGACAAAGAAACAUUGUGAUGUGGUUAAGCUCUAACUCAGCAGUCUUAAAUUCCUGUCUCUGUUACCAACUUUAAAAGAUUUAAUCAGUUCCUUUUGCCAGCGAUUAUGAUCCAUGAAGAAGGGGCUACUGUAGCUACUGUAUGUAAAGCCGAUCUAUAAAAUGAAAUAGACAAUAGGAGAGCCUUCUGGUGCUCCCAGAGGUUUGUUGAAUACUGCAGAGAAGGUAAAUAUUUUCUAAGGGCUCAAGGAACAAUACUUCACACAGCAACUGUGUAAUAAAGAAUGAAAUGACAAGUGUAAAUAGAUAAUUUAUCCUUAGUUUGAGGCUAGAUUUACAGAUUUCUAAUACAAAUUUUAAAAGUUCUUCUAUAUGAUUUUUAAGUUGUAGUAGUAUUUCUUGGGCAAUAAAUGGGAGUUUUCAAGUAGAAUCUUAAAAUGUAUUUUUAAUGCCUCUGAGCACUGUAUCAAACCAGAAAUGUCCCAGCUGUUUCCCAUCAAGACCAAGGGUUUCUUUUCCCUGGUUCCACAGCACCUGGAGCUUAUUGAUGUUGCCUUACGUGUACUGGGUUUUCCUUCAAGCUCCAAAUGCAGUUAUCUAUGAAGAGAAUUUGAACUGAAAUAAGGAGCUACUACUCAGAAGAUGAGGCUGUGAGGACACAAAGCGAGGAUGUCAGCUGGUCACUGUCACUGGUGAAAGCUGUCCAUGUUAAAUACUUGUGUUCUUUAACUCCUCCCAGGCAUUUCUGCCUGAAUCAUAGAAUCACCAGGUUGGAAAGGACCCUUGAAGGCACAGAGGAACAUACUGAGCAUCAGCCUAAUCUCUGACUUAAAACACUUUGUUUAUAGCUUGAGGAAGGUAGUCAAGGAAUGUGACUGAAACAAUUCCCUCACAUUUAAAAUGAACACCCAGAUGCCUUACCCGAGGCCAGAAGUUAAAUGAUAGUCAUGCUGUCCUGUGAAAUGCUUCCCCCUCUGCUUACCCGAAGGUCUGUUAAAGUGCUGCUGCUGCAAAAAUGCCCCAGGCAGCAAAGCAGACACAGUGUCAGUGCAGGUAGUUAAAAAGAUCUCAGUGCUGCUUCCCACCCUAGCUCACUGUACCUCCUUCUGGUGAAGUAAAGCACAUAAACUGUAUCAGUACAAACUGCACAUGGGGAAAAGGUAGGACUGUAGGUUUCUUUCCCAUCCCUUGAAGUAGCUGUUUCCAAAUCCAAUUUAGCUGUUUCUAGUCUGGUGAUGGGUGUUUACAAUGGCACUGCAGGAACCAAGAAUAUUUUGGAUGUGUUGGGGUUCCUGCUUAAAUCCUUUCUCUGCCAAGCAACAGUGAACACUUGUGUAUGGAACAAAUAAACAACUGCUUUUGUGAAGCUUAAGGUGAAAGCACCAGAAUCACCUCUUGUUGACUGAAAAGCUUCAAGUUUUUUCAAAGCUUUCAUUUGAAAUAAAUAAUGCUUUGUGUUAAGCUCUU